AUGCCCGACAAGGUCUUCGUCGCCACCCUCGUGGCCAACCUGCUCUUCCUCGCCUCAGGCGCAAUGGAGCUCGGCUUCUCCAUCGCCGCCAUGAACCUCAAGAACAAGACGCCCACCGACGGCCAGGACGCCACGCGCCACCUCAUCUACCAGCAGUUCCCUCUCACCGCGGGCAUCGUCAACGCAGUCUUCGUUCUCGCUACUUUUGUCUUUACUAUCCCCGCCAUGGCACUGGUGAAGCGCAACCUGCUCAAGAUCAGCGGCUACAUGAUUACUCUCUGCGGCGUGUUUUCGCUUGUUGUGGGCUUGUAUCUUUGGAUCAUGACGUUGAGGCUCAAGGAGACGUUUGAGCCUAUUUAUGCGGCGCAGGAUGAGUCGAUUCAGUCGUUGGUGCAGACUUCGUUCCAAUGCUGUGGCUACCUCAACAGCACAUCUCCCGCCUUCGUCACAGACUCCGUCUGCCCCAGCCCUGCCGCGGCUACUCUCCUCCGAGGCUGCUCCACCAGCAUGUCCAGCUUCGCCAACGCCUUCAUCAACGACCUCUUCACCGCCGUCUUCGGCAUGGUCGGCAUCGAUGCCCUCCUUGUCCUUGCCAUCGCCUGUCUCCUCAAAGAGCGCAAGGAAAAGGAGCGUUACUACAUCAUCGAUCAGAAGCGAGACUACGGCCGUCUGUAA